AUGGAGAAGAAAGGCCAGCAUGGUACAUAUGACUCCUUGCUGACUCAUCAUCCGGUUCUCUGUAUUAUUGCUUUGUCUGUAAUUUUCAUAGUGAUCGAUCCCUUUCACAUGAGUCCAAUCGGGGGUCGUGAGUUCAAACCCGUGAAGCAUGAGGUUGCUCCAUACAAGCAAGUCAUGGAAAACUGGCCAAGAGAUAACCUUAGUCGACUGGCUCAGCACGGGAAACUGGAGUUUGUUGACCAAGUCUUUGGUCCAGAGUCAUUAGAGUUUGAUAGCUUGGGUCGUGGUCCGUAUACAGGGUUGGCUGAUGGAAGGGUGGUUAGAUGGAUGGGUGAAGAAAUCGGAUGGGAGACAUUUUCCGUUGUAACAUCAAAAUGGUCAGAGGAGGCUUGUGCGAGAGGUGUGGAUUCAACAACAAACAAGCAAUGGAAGCACGAGAAGCUGUGUGGGCGACCUCUUGGUCUGAGAUUUGAUCAAAAGACAGGAAAUUUGUACAUUGCAGACGCUUACUAUGGUCUACUAGUGGUUGGUCUCGAAGGAGGGCUCGCUACGCCUUUAGCUACUCAUGUGGAAGGAAAGCCAAUACUCUUUGCCAAUGAUCUUGACAUCCAUAGCAAUGGUUCCAUCUUCUUCACUGACACCAGCAAGAGAUAUGACAGAGCGAAUCAUUUCUUCAUACUAUUGGAAGGAGAAUCAACAGGAAGGCUUCUAAGAUAUGACCCACCUACCAAAACAACACACAUUGUGCUGGAUGGUUUGGCUUUUCCCAAUGGAAUUCAGCUCUCUAAAGAUCAAUCUUUCCUUCUCUUCACCGAAACUACCAAUUGCAGGUUAGUGAAAUACUGGCUGGAGGGUUCAAAGACGGGUGAAGUUGAGGUGGUGGCAGAUCUACCGGGAUUCCCAGACAAUGUAAGAAUAAAUGAGAAGGGUCAGUUUUGGGUUGCAAUAGACUGUUGCAGAACACCUGCACAAGAGGUUCUUACAAACAACCCUUGGAUAAGGAGCAUCUACUUUCGGUUGCCAAUACCGAUGAAGCUGCUGGCGAAAACAAUGGGGAUGAAAAUGUACACUGUGAUAUCGAGAUUCGACGAGGAAGGUAAGGUCUUGGAGGUGCUUGAGGAUAGACAAGGUAAGGUAAUGAAGCUUGUGAGUGAAGUGAGGGAGGUUCAAGGGAAGCUUUGGAUUGGGACAGUGGCUCAUAACCACAUGGCCACUUUGCCUUACCCUUUAACAAUGAAUUAA